AUGGCUGCUUGGCGAAGCACUCUGAGAGGCACCAUUGCGCGGUCAUAUGGCUCCAAGAGUGUUGAUUUGCCCAUCCGGACCAUUGGAUUGAACAGUCGCUCCCUUCCCAAAAGAAGAGCUCAUGCGCCGAAUUUCAUUGUUAACAAGCGUCUAAUUUCCACCAAUGCCCCGGUGGACACAUCAGAGCUUCCAGAUCAUCUCAGGAUGCUUUCCAAAGACUCAAAACUUAUAUCCGCCGCCGUGAGGGGCUUGAAUGAAGGAUAUGUGGUGCUAAUGCCACCAAAUACCACUACCCAGUUUUACAAGUUAGAAAAUUGUCAAUGCCCCAAGUGUGUUCAUCCGGACACGAAGCAGAGGAUUGUUGAGAUUGGCUCGGUCCUACCAGAUAUUACUCCUACCAAGUUAGAUUGCGGAAACCUCAAAGAAGGCGCUCAAAUCACAUGGAAUGAUGGUCAUGAGAGUGUCUAUCCAUGGGCCUGGCUAGAAAGACACAAUGUGUUUAAGCAGAACUUGAAGUACAAGGUGUCUGUAUAUGGUGACGGCAGGCCAAGAGAUUAUCGCAUAUUUAAUGCCAAGACCGACUCCUAUCCCGAGGUCGAGUUUGAGAAGGUGAUGUUCAACGAUGCAUCCGUUAAAGACUGGCUGGAGAAGAUUCAAACUCUCGGAUUCUGUUUCAUCAAGGGAGUCCCAAUUGACCCAGAAGCAACUAAGGCUCUUAUUGAGCGUAUUGCUUUUGUGAGACACACUCACUAUGGUGGCUUCUGGGACUUUACGGCCGAUCUCACCUUCAAGGAUACCGCAUAUACCAAUGAGUCUCUUGGUGUCCACACAGAUAACACCUAUUUCACGGAUCCCGCAAGACUUCAGCUUUUCCACCUUCUGUCCCACACAGAUGGAUCGGGAGGCGAGAGCUUACUUGUGGAUGGCCUAGCCGCCGCCUCCACGCUCCUGAAAAAGCACCCCGAACAUUACAGAACUUUGAUCCAGGUUAGACAACCGUGGCAUGCCAGUGGCAAUGAAGACGUCUGUAUCCAGCCAUCCUCCAUGGCCCCUGUCUUUUCUAUCCACCCGGACAGAGGGCGACUCUAUCAGAUUCGCUGGAACAAUUACGAUAGAGCACCUAAAUCAGACUGGCCAUUGGAAACUCAGAAGCAAUGGUACGAGGCUGCUCAGUGCUACGAUGACAUCCUGAAUGAACGUCGAAGAAGAAUCCAGACGCAACUCCAGCCUGGAACAGCACUCAUUUUCGACAACUGGAGAAUGAUGCAUGGCCGCACCGAGUUCACCGGGAAAAGAAGAAUGUGUGGGGGAUACGUCAAUAACGAUGAUUACAUUUCGCGACUUCGUCUGCUUAGUUAUGGCCGAGAGGAAGUGCUAAACAAUCUGGGAAGCCAAAACCAUCCCGACGCGAAGAAUGGCCCUUAUUCGAUCAUUUAG